ACGAAUCGCAUAGAAAUUGGAAAAUCUAUUUCUACACAAUUGUAGUAGACCCUAGAAAAUUGAUUUUUGGAGAAGGAACAAUCUUAUGACAAGGAGGAUACGAAGACGGGUGCUUUAAAACUUGAUACACAUAAAGAGCCACUUCACACAGAAUUAAAUGUCGCAAAAGGAAAAAAUAUGUUACAUUAUCGGUGAUCAAAUAUUUGGUAAUAUUUUAAAGAGCAAGAAAAUAAGAGGCUGGAGGUCAUUAUUAAUAGUCCCCGAGUUGGUUCAAGAGUCACACAUUUGGACCGACAAAUGUCAAUUGUUUGCCAAAUUAGUGCAGAGUUUGGACGUUAUACUCGAGGAUAUGUACAAAAAUUUAGACAGUAGUACAAAAAAAGCCGGUCUCCAAGUUACGCGCGUCGAUAAGGGAUAUAUCUCAUGCUCAAAAUGGGCUUAACUUACGGUAUGAUGAGCUUUCUGCUUCGCAAGGGAAGUAGACAAAUGUUUUUCAUCAAUCAAGU